AUGGCCAAUGGCAACGACAGCCAGCCUUUUCUUCCCAAAUACAGGGACAGGGACGACGAGGCCAACCGCACCAACAGCGAAGACUCUUCGCGCCCACAGUUCACAUCAGACAAGAGCCCAUCGAGGCGGCGAUGGAACCGCCUGUCUCCAUACAUCUCUCACACCCUGGUCUUUAUCCUCACCUCACUCUUGUGGAUCUUUUUGAUCCCGAACCCACGGCUAGCGAAGGCGGCACAGCAGUGCUCGGCCUCACAAACCUCGCCAUCGGCAUCGACACCGACAUCAACACCCACCAUGGUCGGCACGCCUAAGCACUCGCCCGUCAUGGCCAGCCACGACCACGGCGGCGGGCACUCCCUGGCCGACCAGCUGGCGGCGCCUCUACCUGGCGGCAGCCGCGGGGCGACGCACAACAUCACGUCGGCGGCGACGCUGAUCAAGUGCGGCGGGUCGACCGAGGAGGCCAAGGCCAACGGGUGCCACUACGACAUCCUGCUCAACCACUGGGUGCCGGAGCAGUGCCGCGACCAGGAGUGGGUGGACGAGUACAAGGAGGACGAGACGUGGACGGGCUUCGCCGACGAGGCGCGCACGCAGCGCAUCCAGGGCGUCGACGCCAUGAGCAACCGCGACCACUACUUCACCAGCACCCGCGACCACGUCAACCACUGCGUCCAGCUGUGGAGGAAGCAGUUCCUGAUGCUGUACGAGGAGCGCAACAUCGACACCAUCAGCGCCAGCUGGGGACACACGGAGCACUGCUCGCAGUUCCUGCUCGACGUGACCGACAAGUUUCAGGACUUUUACGACGAGCCUAUCCUGGUCCAGGUCGGUUGGGCUGGGUGCUACGUCAGAGAUAAUCACACGCAUGCUGGCAUGUGA